UCGGAACGGAAGAGCGGCGAUGCACUCUUGCGAAAUGUCAUGGCGGUUACAGAAUGCCUUCGACAUCCUUGACGUGUGAAACAGGUGGCUCCAGGACAUCGCCGAGCCGCGGGUUGUGAAAAAGGUGUUGUGUGCGGGUCUCACAAGGUGUCGAUGCGACGACGGAAUACCGAGUGAAAGGCAGGACAUGACAGCGUAAGCCAGUAGACUGCCCAAAAGUGGUGCGCCGUGAAGAUAGUCUCAGUCUACUGCGAAACGCAGACGUUCCGAAGCUUCACUCUAGAUUAGAGCUAUCCUACAGGGAACCUGUCUGAAUAGAAGAACUGUGCCAGCAACAGAAGGAUGCCUGAGUGCACUGCCUGCACAGGACCCAAGUGAGCCCGCCGUGCAAUCUUUCGCAUGUUGACACCACACUCAGAAGGACCAAAUGUGUCGACAUCGGCGCCUCCACUCCCAUUCGGUCGUCGCCGACUACCAUGACUCCUGCAAGACGGGGGACCUUUGUUUCUUAUGACCCGUCUGCUUAAAUCACGCUCGGUUCGAAUCAAUUAAUUUAGACACUAUUUUUAUUUCUCGUUAUAAUUGUUUCUCUCGUUACUCACUAAGUACCUGUUAGGCGGACGUCGUAUUUUUUUUUAUGUGUCCCGUUCUAUUUCUUAUAUUUUUUAAAACAUUUUUGAAAUGAUAACAAGGCUGAGCUUCCUUCGAGGCAUUUGACAAACACAAAGAGUGGUAGCACAAGUGCGGUGUCUUUGUGUAGGACAUAAAAACAAGAAAGUGCGUGUGAAUUAGGUGCUGUGCGAGUUGACCGGAACCAUGUUGAGGAUGCGAGUGCUUCGCAUGCACACUUGCAAAGUUGUGCUGACGACUUCCCUAGUGUGGUUCGUAGUGGCUGGACUGUUGCUUAUGUAUUACACGGAAUGCAUUGGAACGAACUGUUCGACCAAGACGCAGUCUGUGGAAGGUAUCCCGUCGGCCAAAGGGCUCAGGUCGCCCCGCGGGAAGUUCAGGAGCUGGGUACCCGCUGAGCUGAACACAAAUCCUUCACACUUACCCGGGGAAGGUGGUCGCGCUGUAGUCAUAGGCAAGGAGGAGGAAGCCCUGAAGAAGGAAAAAUUCAAGCUGAAUCAGUUUAACCUCUUGGCCAGCGAUAGGAUUGCACUCAACAGAUCUCUAUCAGACGUCAGGCUAGCCAAGUGUAAAGAUAAAGUGUACCCAGAAAAGCUUCCAACCACGUCGAUUGUGAUAGUUUUCCACAAUGAAGCCUGGUCGACGUUAUUACGGACAGUGCACAGUGUCAUGAGAACAGCACCAAGGGCUUUGCUAGAGGAAAUCAUUCUUGUGGAUGACGCUAGCGACAGGGAGCAUCUUGGGAAACAGCUAGAAGACUAUGUAUCUAAGCUAGAAGUUCCUGUUCAUGUGAUGCGCACUGGUAAGCGGUCCGGCUUGAUCCGUGCUCGUCUAAUCGGUGCUGAAGCCGUCAAGGGACAAGUGAUAACAUUUCUGGACGCUCACUGUGAAUGCACAGAAGGGUGGCUAGAGCCCCUCUUGGCACGCAUUGCAGAGGACAGGACACGUGUUGUGUGUCCUGUGAUUGACGUUAUAAGCGAUGAAACGUUUGAGUACAUUCCUGCCUCGGAUAUGACAUGGGGAGGCUUCAACUGGAAGCUGAACUUCCGGUGGUACAGAGUUCCUCAAAGGGAACUGGAUAGGAGGGGAGGGGACAGGACACAGCCUGUCAGGACGCCUACAAUGGCUGGUGGACUGUUUUGCAUUGACAAGGACUACUUCAACGAACUGGGGAAGUACGACGAAGGGAUGGACAUUUGGGGCGGAGAGAACCUCGAAUUAUCAUUCAGGAUUUGGAUGUGUGGAGGCCAACUGGAAAUUGUGACAUGCUCCCACGUGGGUCACGUGUUUAGAAAAUCUACUCCUUAUACGUUCCCCGGCGGAACAAGCAAAAUCGUCAACCAUAACAAUGCUCGCCUGGCUGAAGUCUGGCUUGAUGAAUGGAAGCAGUUCUACUUUGCCAUCAAUCCUGCUGCCCAAGCAUCAGAUAAAGGAGACCUGACGCAAAGAAAGCAGCUUCGUACUAAUCUCAAGUGCAACAGCUUCAGGUGGUAUCUUGAAAAUGUCUACCCAGAGUCACACAUGCCCUUGGACUACUAUUACCUGGGGGAUAUAAAGAAUGCAGAAACUGCCCAUUGUCUUGACACCUUCUCAAGGAAGGGUGGAGAAAACGUGGCUAUGGGUGCUUGCCACGGCCAAGGUGGAAAUCAAGUAUUUGCCUACACCAAGCGGCAGCAGAUCAUGUCAGACGACAACUGCUUAGACGCUGCUAGUCCACGGGGGCCAGUCAAGUUGAUCAGGUGUCACGGGAUGGGUGGCAAUCAGCUUUGGAUUUAUGAUAAGGAGGAGCAGACAUUCAAGCACGUGAACACUGCCAGGUGCCUGGACAAGCCAGAACCCCACGACAUGACUCUUCCGGUGCUUCGUGAGUGUGACGGUAGAUCUUCGCAACGCUGGGUGAUGCAGGGGAAGUUCAAAUGGCAGGCCACCUAGAGGAAGCUGAAGAACAAACUUCCUCCGCAUGACUACAGCUUGAGCAAGACGGAUAUGCAUUCCUCGAUGAUAGAAAGGGAUAUUAUAUGUCCAGAAGACAUUCCAAGAAUACACAUGUUUGCAAGCGUCCUGGAAGCAGUGAUGAUGCCAGUGUGCCCAUACACUGGCUUGUGAUUGACGCAGCAAAGGAGGGAGAGAAUUCUGCUCGGAACAAUCCCUACGUGAUUUUUUUCUCUCUCGUUGCCCUCCUGUCUGCACGAUUGUGUCAAUGUGCAAAAAGACAUGAAGGAGGUGAAUGGCUUCAUGUAUGACCUACAGAGGGCAGGACAACUUUAUUACGCAGUGGCAACCGAAGUACCACAGUGCUGUGGAGGUGCAUAACAAGCAGGACGUAUUAGUGUUCCACCGUGUUUGAAAUUUUGGGACAUCUAUAUACCAGUUGUGGUCCCAAAAUUUUGUUUUAUUUUUUUGGACUCGGCUGCAAGGUGUUUGCCCUUCUGGUAUCCCGUGUUGAACAUGGCACAAUGUUACAUUCUAUUGUUAAGGUUGUCUGUGCUUUUCCUGAAGUAGAUGGUAAAGGGAAUUCCUUUGUUAUGAACAUGAAGGUAGAAGUAGCGUGGUAUUUUUGUAAAAAAGAAAAUGAGAGAGAGGGAGAAAGAGACCUUGUUUCGUUGCUUAUACUGUAAUGGAAUAUGGAAAUGCGCACAUAAAUUUCCUUCGAUAUGUAGAGGGAGCAGCUGCUUCGACAUGCCAUCCUUCCCUUUAUGUUUUGCCUGUUGAAAUUCUGUACCAGAUUGUAUUUGCAUUAUAACCAGCACUCUGCAAUACAUAGUACUAGCAGUAAAAACUAGCGUCAGCCAGUUUGCAACAAACUUUAAAGGUUCCAAUUCAGUACUGUAUGUCUAUGCUUGUUUGUGCUGUGUGGUCCGGUAUGAGGUUCCUGAGUAACUAAUAGGUCCCAUUCUGUGAACGGGUAAUUUUUAAAAAGAAUUGUAUUGAAUGGUGCUUCUGUUAUAAUGUCAACAGGGUGCAUUGAUUUAGUUUACCAUGACUAGGCUGUUGUGGUGAAACGUUAUUUUUCUGUUGCACUAACACGUCACCAUAGCCAUCCUGCAGCUUUCUCAUGCUGGUGUCUUUCUUUUUUUAGCACAUCUUUUAUGAUAUUGCUUUUUGGAUCUUGCUGCUACUGAGAGGGGCAGAUAACAGCUUUUGAGGCUUCCGGAGCUUUACCGACGCUUAGCCGAUCUUCCUGGUUUGCUGUACCCCUCUGUCUUACAUGGUCUUUCAGUACGAGUUCCUUCCAACAGAGUAUUGGCUCCCUACCUGGAUUUAUAAAGAAAUUCAUUUAAAGCUACUGUCUCGAGAAAGGUAUUAGUUUACGAGCAAUGCAUUUAUUUGGAUGUAAUUUGUAACUUAUGAAUAUAUCAAUAUAUGUACUGCAUUUUGGCGUUCAGUAGACACAGUGCUUUGCUGUUGUCUCCUUGGCCCAUGAUUCCCUUCUGAAUGGAGACACCAUUGCUAGUUGAUUUGUACAAGAGGGCAUCACAUGAAAAUGUUGAGGAAUAAACUGUUUUCUUUUUCCAGGA